CCCAUCUACCUACUACUACCUAGUACCCACCCUAAAUGAAAUGAACAACAACAACAACAAUUGCAGUGUGGUGUUUUGAAACGUACAGAUAAUUAGACAUGUUAUGUGUUGGUAUGAUAUAAAAGAGAGAUAACAAUACAAUAAAAAAAGAUAGAGAAAGAUAGAGAAAGAUAGAGAGUGUGAGUGAGAAACUGAGAACGAGAAAAAGCAGGAGAGACAGAAAAACAGCUGGGGCAAUAAUUGAGUAUAGACCUUGACGUUGUCUAUCACCAUGCAACUCAAUAAUAAUAAAAAUAAUAGUAAUCACCAUCAUCGUCAUCUUGAUCAUCUUCAUGUUCAUCAGUACUGGAGUUGCUGAAUUGUUUCAUCUACUUGAAUCAAACAAAUUGAGUGAUGUUGAAGAAAUUAAAAAAGUAUUUCAUGAUCAUUUUUUAUCAACUAAAGACAAUUGGCUUGUUAAUGGAUUAUUUGAUUAUUAUUUAUCAACAAAUAGUUUACGUGCAAUUGAAGUACUUGCCGGUGUACGUGAACCACAUGAUAAACAUUUAUUAGACAGACUCUGUGAAUGUUUUUCACGUACAGCUGGCAAUGAAUGCCACGAAAAAAAUGAACAACGUAUACAUGCACUUACUCUACUUGGUCAUGUUGCUAGACGACAACCAACAUGGCUUUAUAAACUUGCAAAUCAUCAAUUAUUUAAAGAACUACUUAAACUUUUAAAACAAGACACCAACACAUUAUCAUUAAUGAGUGCUUUACUUUUGCUUGUAACACUUUUACCAAUGUUACCAGCAGCACUUGGUCCUCAUUUAAAUGAUAUAUUUGAUAUAUUUGGAAGAUUAUCAUACUAUCAUUGUCAUCAAUCAUUAAAUUUUACUUCUUCAUCUUCAACAUCAACAUCAACAACAAAUAGUAAUAAUUUUUCAUACAACAUGGAUAAUAAUCAACUUUAUUUACUUCAUUUGCAAAUUGGAUUAAAUAGUUUAUUUCAUCGUUUAUAUGCCAUGUAUCCAUGCAAUUUUAUAUCAUAUCUUAAAAUUCAAUAUUUACCACGUGAUCAGGAUCCAACAUUUAAUCAUACAAUAAAACCAAUGCUUGAUUCUGUAAGAUUACAUCCAUUACUUGUAACUGCUUCCAAAGAUGCUGAAAUUAAUGCAACAAGAUGGAAAAAAAUGGAACAUCAUGAUGUCGUUGCUGAGUGUGGUCGUUUUGCUCUUGAUAAAUCUAAAGAAGAUAAUUGUUUUACAAUUACAAAUGAUUCACGAGCAACACCAAUACAAGAUCAUUUAAUUUCACAAAAUUUAUCACAUAAUUUAAUUAUUGGAACUCAUGAAUUAUCUGAAGCAUCUAUAAAUGGUCCUGAUUUAAAUAAAAAUUGUCAUAAUAAUAAAAAAAAUGAUAGUAGUGGUGGUGGUGGUAGUGUUUGUGUUGAUAAUAGUUUUAAUAAUAAUGAAAAUAGUGAUGGUUGUGAUAAUAAUAAUCAUAAAGUUGUUGUUGAUAAUAAUAAUAAUGAUAAUGAUGAUGAUGAUGAUGAGGAUAAAUUUUGGUCACCAAGUAUGACUGUAUCACCACAUAGUCCACCACCACCACCAACACCACCGACACCAACACCACCACCAUCGCCAUCGUUAUCCCCAUCGCCAUCACCACCUCCAAUAUCACUACCACCACCUCCACCCCUAUCAUUAUCAUCAUCAUCAUCGUCACCACCACCACCACCACCAUCACCAUCUCCCUCGUCAAUAUUACAAAUAAUACCAAGUUUAGAAACUUCCUCAACACCAAAUAAUAAUAAUAAUAAUAAUAAUAAAAUAAAUUCAUCACCACCGGAGGCUGCUGUUGAAGCAACACCUGAAACAACUCCAGUUAAAGAUAUACGUGGACAAAAUACAAUAAAUACUUGUUUGCGACAAUCACCACUUGUUGGUUCACCAGCUGUUCGUGCUCUUAGUACAUUUAGCAAUAAUUUAAUAACAUCAGCUUCAUCAUUAACAUUUUCUCCACAUAAUUUACAUAAUCAUUUAAAUAAUAAUAAUAAUAAUAAUUUAUCUAGACCAUCAACACCAAUUACUACUACCAAUAGUAAUAGUAAUAAUAAUAAUAAUAAUAAUACAGUUGGUAAUUUGGAUACAUUGGUUAGCGAUACAAGUAUUUUAUCACAAAAAAUAAAUCGUCUUUUUGUUGAUCGUCAAAAUUUUGUACAAUCACGAAAAUUAAUAUUUAAUUCAUUAGAAAACGGUGGUGGUGGUAAUAAAAUGACAAAUGAUUCAUGGAAUGCUGAUCAAGAGAUUUCAGAUAUUCAUCAUAAUUUACAUAAUAAAAAUCUCUUAAUUCCAAUAGCCAUUGAUGAUGAUGAAGCACGUGGUGCAAGAGUUGAUUUAACUAAAAAAGUUAGAAGAUUGAGAUUUCAUUCUCAGUGUGCUGAUUCAAUGACAAAUGUUGAAAGAUCUAAAUCUUGUCCAAAUAUUAAUAAAGUACAAGAUAAUAAUAAUAGUAAUAACAAUAACAACAAUGGUCGAAUUGAUUGUGACACCAAUCAAGAAAUUAAUAAUAAAAAAAUUGGAAGAAAAAAUAAUAAUAAUAAUAAUAAUUUAGUUGAAUCCAGUACUCAAACAAUUAAUAUAUUACCAUAUAAACAUUUGUUAACAUAUUUAUUGGAUCAAAGAAAUCAAGAACAACAACAACAACAACAACAACAAUUAAUUAAACAAAAUUCAAGAUCAUCACCAACGGCAAUGCUUGAUCGUUAUAUCGAGCGAUGUAGUUUUAAAAUUUCUAAUACAUCAUUUGAUGAAAAAAAUAAAAUACAAACAUCAACAAUACCAUCAAUACCUCUAGCAGCGACAACAUCAUCAACAACAACAACAACAACAACAGAAUCACCACUACCAACAACAGAAGCAACAACAACAACAACAACGACAGCUGUUGAUGAAUCAAAUGAUGAAACUACAACAACAUUAAAUGAUGAUUCAAAUAAUAGUGAUUAUGCUGCUAAUCAACAAUUCCAAUUGAUGCAUAUGCAAUUGUUAUUUGAAAGACAGAGACGUGAAGUGCAUGCUGAAAGAAAUAGAAGAUUAUUAGGUAAACUUAGAGAUUCACGAGCACUUGAAGAGUUAAAUGGUGCAUUGACACAUCAAUUGCGACAGGCUGUGAAAGACAUUGAUGAAUUAAAAUGUGAAAUUAAAAAAUGUAAAAAAGAUGGUAGAUUAGCUGAGGAAAGAUAUACUGAGGCAUUAAAUCAUUGGCAAUUAAAAUGUGUUGAUGAACAACAAAAAAAUAAAAUAUUAAAACAACACAGUGAUAUUUUAGAAUUGGAAUUAAAGAGUGAAAGAAAAAAAUUAAUAGAAUGUGGAGAAAAAAAUAAAAUAACUGAAGCAACUUUAUUUGAUGCUGCAAAUCAAUUAAAACAUGCAUUAAAAGCUGCAAAUCAAAGUGAAGAACUCAAAAAAACACUUGAUAAUGUACAAAAAAAAUUUUUACUUCUCGGUGAAGCUCAAACAAAAUUACAAGAGUUAAAUAUUGGUCCAAUAUCAAUGAAUAAACAAGAAGCUGUACUAAUACAACGUGCAUAUAAUGAAGAAUUAUCAAAUUUACGACGACAAUUUGAUGCUCGUACAUCUCUCAUUGAUGCACUAAAAGUACAUAUUGUUGAAUUGGAAAAUAAAGAAAUACAAAAUGAAUUACAUUUGACUGAACAACAACGUCAUAUACAAGAGUUGAAAGAAAAAAAUGAAUGUGAAUUGGAUGCUGUUGAAUCAAAAUACAGAGCACAAGUUGAAAUUAAUUUAUUACUUGAAACAACAAUAUUAAAAUUACAUGGUGAACUUGAAUUAAUUAAAAAUAGUAGUCGUCGUAUUAUUACAAGUGGUGCUAGUGGUGGUGGUGGUGGUUGUGGUACAACAUCAAUACAUUUAGGAUCAUCAGUAUCACCAAAAUCUGGAAGUUUAGCAUCAUCAAGUGAAGGUAGUCUUGCUUUUCAUUCAGGCAUUGGUAUAAUAAGUGAUUGUCAAGAUUCAUCUGGUGAAAUAUCAAACUUACAAGCAAUUAUUGAGCCUACAUCUUUAUCAUCAUUAUCAAACAAUCAAUAAGACACACUAUUUUACUUACCAUCAACUUGUAUAUCAACAAAAACAAAACAAAAACAAAAUAAUAAUAAUAAUAAUCA